GAGAGAGAGACACACAGACAGAUGGACUGCUGCACAGCCUCACAGAGGAGACACUGCAUGUGUGACAGUGUGUGUGGAUGGUUGUGAAUGAGCUUUCAUGUCCUCUGGAACUGGACGCAGUGAGCAAUAAUCCUCUUGAGGGAGAAAAGGAUACAGACAAGUGAUCAGAGUGACACUUUAACACUUCGGCUGCUUUCACAAGUCCUAUAGUGAGCCUGUUAUCAAUGCACGUCACGGGAGUAUCUCCAUUAAUGCCACGGACCGCAUAGAGGGACUUCUUGAUUUUGCAGAAGAAGAGAAUUGUGUCUUCAUCUAAGGUCGAGGAGUCAGGAUAGGUCGGAGAGGACGCCUUUAGGAGCACAGCGAGGGGGGGGUUCUCCCUGGUGAAGAUGAGUCUGGACCCUGUGCAGGUGAUGAGCGGACAGGUCAAGGAGCUCAAAGUUGCCCCAUCGUCCAACGGGGAAAGCAGAGGAUCAUGGGAAGAGAAAGAAGAGUUUGACCAGGAUAACCUGGGCCUCACCGCCAAGCCAGUGACAGGGAGACGAGCCCGGAAGGUGUGUGAGGGAGGCGUGUUUUUCCCAAAGCCGGAGAACGCAGUGACCGUCGCCGUCUCUUCUCGGGUCUUGUUCCGGACCGAGCGGGAGCAGAAGGUGUUCGAGCAGCAAGGAGUGGAGGAGUAUCUGAGGUACCAGAUCGAACACGAGAACAAACCCUUCGCCCCUGGACCCGCUUUCCCUUUCGUCAAGGCUCUGGAGGCGGUGAACUGUCGUCUGCGAGAGCUGUACCCACAAAGUGAAGAACUGUUUGACAUUGUUUUGGUGACGUACAACCAUGCCCACGUUGGAAUCCGGCUCAUCAACACCAUCAACCAUCACAACUUGUUUAUCGAGAGGUUUUGUAUGACGGGGGGAAGCAGUCCCAUUGGCUACCUGAAGGCCUGGCACACCAACCUCUACCUGUCUGCCGACGCCGACAAGGUCAGGGAGGCGCUGACUGAAGGCAUCGCAGCAGCCACCAUGUUCACGUCAGAGAAGCUGACAGAGGUUUCAGAGUCCCAGCUGAGGGUUGCAUUUGAUGGGGACGCCGUCCUCUUCUCCGAUGAAUCUGAACGCAUCUUCAAGGCACAUGGGCUGGACAAGUUCUUUGAACAUGAGAGGGACAAUGAAGACACGCUAUUGGAUCAUGGACCCCUGAAGGGCUUCCUGGAAGCACUGGGGAAGCUCCAGAAAAAGUUUUACGCUAAAGGCCAGCGCCUGGACUGUCCCAUCCGAACGUACUUGGUCACAGCUCGUAGCGCUGCCAGCUCUGGGAUCCGGGCACUGAAGACACUCAGGGCCUGGGGCUUGGAGAUUGACGAGGCCUUGUUCCUUGCAGGGGCUCCGAAGGGCCCCAUGCUGGAGAAGAUCAGGCCUCACAUCUACUUCGAUGAUCAGAUGUUUCACGUGGAGGGAGCGGCUGAGAUGGGCACCGUCGCUGCCCAUGUGCCCUACGGCAUUGCACAGAAAUAUAACCCUCAACGGAACACCAGUAUGGGGAAGUAGACAGCGGGACUUCAGAUGCCGAUGGCACAGUCAUCCAGCCAGAAACAGAAUAACAGGAGGAUGGUAUGAACAAACGUCUUAGAGAAGAUAAGCGAAGAGGAGAUUUUCCAGAGAGUUUUGGAAAGAUGUACUGAGUUGUAUGUGGAAGCAGUUGUAUUGUAAGUUUGUUCAACCACUUUGAAAACUGUCUUAGCUUAAUGUCAUCACGUCAGGGGUUAUGCAACCGCUUUAAAUAUUAUCAGCCCAUUAAAUGGCUAUUAUCAGCUGUUAUCGGGAGCAUUGAUUAGAUGUGGUAUGGCUCUACUUUACCUCCUAGUGGGCUCAGUAGGCCGUUAUCGUCUAUUUGUAAGCUGCUUCAAACUGUGAGGCAGAGACCUCUAGUGGCCAUAGUAACUACCACUGGAGUCAGGUGACAUUAUAAUGAGCGAAAAAGUCUGCAGAAGGAUGGGGUCAGGGUUGAUGGUUGGGUCUUACUGUUUUUCUUUCACACAUGCCAGUUUCAAACAAGAUUUAUAACAGUAGUUAUAAUAACUGAUUUAGCUAUUUAAAGGGAUUGAUAUGGGUGUCUGGUAAGAGGUCAAGUAGAAGUCUGCAACCUGAGAUGCCAAUUGUCUCUCAACUUUACAUUUCAAAGCCUCAAUCUCCCCAAUACUGAAGUGUUUUGUCAAAUCUUGCUUUAUAUGGUAAACUCGGAGGUGCUUGAUUGCCAUGCUGACUCUCACUACUACUUGUCUUUAUAAAGAAGACACCUCUUCAGUGAAUACUGAAUGAAUGGCUUCACUGAUACAUAACUUCAGUAAAGCACAGAGACAACACUUUGUUGGCAACACAUUAGCCAGAGAUAUUAUAAGGUUAAAAACGAUAGUGAUGCACUGUAGCACAAGAGUGAUCAUUUAAAGCUAACGAGUUUGACUUGUUUACAACUCUACAGAAUGUGUUGUAUAUUCCAGAAGAUGGCAAUAAUAUGCACUAUUGAGUUCGUCCAAAACAAAUUUAGAAAGCCAUAAGUUUCAGUUGGGGCCUUUAGCCAUACUAGCCGUGUGGUAAAUCAAUACUUUGCUCAAGAAAAUACACUAACAACUUUUGGAUGGAUUGCUGUAAAAUUAAGUCCAAGUAUUUAGGAUUCGCAGGGAAUGAAAUCUAAUAUUAUAGAUUAAUUUUCAUCUUGUGUCAGUUCAUGGCUGAACACCAGCAAAUCUAAUGACUUUUGCCCGUUGACUCAGUUGUACAUAAUACUAUUAACAUGCUAAAGUUCUCCCUCUUAGCAUGUUCAAUGUAUUUCAUGAGAAAGUAUAGAAUUGUAUUAUCCUGUUAGUCCAAAACAAAUAUAGACAGCCAUAUGUUUCAGUGGGUGCCUUUAGUUUCAAUGAAGACACUUUUUAUAAAUAGCCAUGCUCGCGAUGGGAUCUUGACACCGAGAGAACACAAAACUUCAGUUCAACGCUUGAGUUCAAGGAAGUGACACAUUAAUGAUUUACGUCAUCCUCAUGAUCGAGGCUACAUACCAUUAGCAUGCUAGGGUUUCCUAUCUUAGCAUGUUAAAUGUAUACAUGAGUAACUUUAGUAGCCAUGCUAGCACUCGUCCACUUUGUUACAGAGAGAAAUAUCUUGACAACUUGGACAUUUCUGUCCCCUUUAAGCACCAGCAACAGCUCAAAAUUGAACGAAACUUCACCUUCAUGACACCCCUCCUCUAAAACUAAGUGAACUGAAUUCCCAUGUGCAGCCGUUAACUGCAUUAGCAUGCUUAAAUGUACUAUGCUAGUAUGCUAAUGUUAAUGAUCUUAAAGAUGAUCUUGGCCUAAUUACACCUGAGGGUGACUCAGCCCAGGGUUGACAGAUUAAAGUUGACAACAUGGUUUUACUUACUCAGA